AUGACAGCAAGCGUAAGAAGCUGGGCUACCGUCUCCUCCUCAGAUGACUCCUCGUCCGACGAGGAUGAACAACCACCUGCCUUUAUAAGUGUCCCGAAUCCCACUUUGGAUGGCUCUUGUUUUGAACCGCCGCCAUCCAACAAGCCCUACAAAGCCCAUCUAGCCGGUGGAGAAGACGGAUGGCAAAACAUCGCUACUGCCGCCGAUGGCUUAACCUCGCGCUACAGGUGUGAUGACGAUGCCACCUGGAACAUUGAGAUCCCCACCGAAGCCGGUGACAAACAGCAAACUUUAGACUUGAUGGUUGGGCGAGGACAUGACGGAGUUACUGAAGCCCAGUGGCUCGAGUUGGCGCGCUCAAGUGUGAUGAAGAACGAGACCGAAAAGUACCCAGAUCUAGGUGAUGCUGUAGAAAGUGCUUUCCCCAAUGCCGCUGAAGCUCUGCGAGAUGAGGUCGUGAACAAGGUCACGAAGGAGCUGCAGACGUUCCGUAAUCUUGCGCUAGCUCCGCACUACGACUAUUUUGUUGACAGUACAGAUUCAGAAAGUAGUGAGGAUGAGUGA